CGGGUAUUGCUGCGUGGCGAGAGAGACACUUCGUGUGCAUCUACAGCGAUGGACCUUGAUGCCUUGAGUAGUAUGCUCGCUGGCUUUACUGGUCUGGAACCGCAAAGAAGAGAAUUUAUUGAGAAGCUGCCCGCGCUCACCGAGAGUGAUCUUACAGCUCUGAACCAACAUGACUCUUCUUGCCCGAUAUGUUUGACGCCUUUCCUAGCUGUGCUUGCUUCUGAGGAGAUGGCACUUGCGAUGGACAGUCCGGCAACCUCUACUGAUGACUUGGGUGUCACCCGUCUUACUGAGACGUGUGGACAUGUUUUCUGUCGGAAGGAUAUCACAACUUGGAUACGACAGCACGAUACAUGUCCAACAUGCAGACGACCAUUCAUCUUCUUCCCCACUCGCUCAUCCUCCACGACCGGAGACGCUCACUCAACAACACAAAGCGGUAAUGACUACGGGCUAGACGAAGAGGAGGUGCUGCGCGGGAUGUCGUUUCCAGAUACAGAAGAUGGACGGGCGCAGCGCGCGAUGAUAUUACGAAUCAUGGCGCUCUUUCAGGGGAGUCCACGACGAAACACUGAGACACCGGGUUUAGAGCGAGAUAAUCUUGAUCCUAAUAUUGACAUGGAUGAGGAAUCCGGAAUACCGCGGCAAGAAGAGAGGCUCAAUGGUGUAGGUAGUACUGUCAAUGAAAGGGAGGAAUUUGUUGGGAUGUAUUCUUAAUUUUAAUAUUUACUUGGUCUUGGAUUAUUUGUUUUGUUUGGAGGUACAUACGCGAUGCGCAUGUAACCCCCAUUACAUAGUGUAGCAUACCGAAAGCACACAGCA